CCAAAGCCAACCACCACGACGCGCCCCGCGGGCAUCAACACCUCUAAGCCCUCCUCGAUCAGACAUACACUCCACAACCUCCCGCAACCACGACCAAACCAUCAACAUCCUCACUACCACCCACCCCCAAACCCACAAUGGCAUACUUCCGCAUAACCCUAAUGCGCAGCGCCAUCGGCCUCCCCGCGCAACGCAAAGGCGUGCUCGCCGCGCUCGGCCUCCGAAAACGCAUGGCCACCGUCUACCACCCGGUGACACCGGACGUCGCGGGCCAAAUCAUGGCCGUGAAAGAGCUUCUCGACGUUGCGGAAGUAGAGACCGCAUUGACGAAAGCCCAGAUGAAGGAGCAGCGGAGGCCGGAGAGGGGGUAUGUGGUUGAGCGGAGGGCUGGGGCGGUGUUGGAGUAGAAGAGGGAACGGAAAAAGCUAAAGGACGGGAUCUAUUGGAGGACGGGGAUGUGUAGGAAACAGGAGUGUAUAUAUGAUAUUGCGUACAGCACAAGAGGGGCAUAUUGGGCGUUUUAGGGUAGGGCGUAUUGUAGGGGACAUAGGGCUGGUGGAAUUCAUCAAGAUCCUACAGCGCUUCUUGGGGUCGUGCAGCGAAUUCAACACUCAUCAAAGACAUCGAAAGGAUCAUCGUUCUAUCAUUUUUGGUUUAAGAAUCCCACUCUCCAACCCACUCACUCCAGUCUACCUCGCUUUGCUCUUGGCACAUGCGCUCACAGCUUCACUGCGAUGGUAAAGCCACGAGCCGACACACAAUCCCAUCCAAAGAAUAUCCUCAGAU